AUGUCCGCGCGCGCGUUAGGGCCGACGCCACGGGCGCGCGCGUGGACGUCCGGGCGCGAACGCGCGCGCGGACGUCGAGCGAUCGCGUGCGCGCGGGACGAGCGCGUCGAGCGCGUCGAGCGCGUCGACGCGUUGUUGAGCAGACUGGGGUACUGCACGAGGUCCACCGCUCGAGCGUUCGCGUCGCGGCACGAGAUCGUCGUCGACGGGACGCGCGUGCGGGGGGUGGACGCGAAGGCGCGCGCGUCGACGUUGCGCGUCGACGGGGAGGCGUUGGAUCAUCCGGAUGGGGUGCUCGUGGCGAUGCAUAAACCGCGCGGGACGGUGUGCUCGCACGACGAGAGAGAGGGAGCGAACGUGUACGAGCUCUUACCGGAACGGUGGCGACGACGGAAACCGUCGAUAGAGACGAUUGGGAGGUUGGAUAAGGACACGAGUGGAUUGUUGCUGUUAACGGAUGAUGGGGCGCUGAAUCACGCGUUGACGUCGCCGAAAAAAGACGUCGGGAAGUGGUACAGAGUGCGGACGGAUGGGCCGAUUCCACGAGCGUGCGUGGAGGUAUUCGCGAGCGGAGAGCUGACUUUGAGCGGGGAAGAGAAAUCGUGUAAACCGGCGAUGUGCGAGAUCACGGGUGAGCGCGAGGCACGACUUCGACUCACCGAAGGAAAGUUCCAUCAGGUCAAGCGCAUGUUCGCCUUCUUUGAUGGCCUGACCGUGGUCGAACUCCAUCGUGAGAGCUUUGGUGGAUUAAAAUUAGAAGACGUGGCGCCGAAUCCGGGGGAUUUCGUCGUGCUCCCGACGGAUUACGAUUUCACCGUCGGCGAGGCGUAG